AUGAUUUCCAAGCCUUGGGAAAAGAGAAGAUAAGUAGAUUCCAAUUUAACAGCUGCUAUCCAAUCAAACGCUACUAAUUUACCUCCUGUACCUGCUGCAGAUUAGCUAGCCACUGAUACUACAUCUGCAUUAGUACCAACAAAUAAUACUCUUGGAACUGACUCAAGUCAAUUAGCAACAACUUCUGCAACUAAUGGAUUAAACUCAAGUUUAGGUACUUCAAGUAUGGGAACUAUGGGUGGAUAUGGCAUGGGAAGUAGCUACGGAGGAAUGGGAAGUAGCUAUGGAGGUUAUGGAAGCUCUAUGUAUGGCGGUGGAUACGGAAGUAGUAUGUAUGGUGGCUACGGCAGCAGUAUGUAUGGAGGAUUAGGAAGUAGUAUGUACGGAGGAGGCUAUGGUAGAUAUGGCAUGGGAAUGGGUAUGGGAAUGGACCCUAAUUAAUAAGGUUUUAUGCAAAACAGUAUGAUGUUCUUGAAUUCUUUUGGUUUUGUAAUCUAAGCUAUGGGAGAAAUAGCACGUACAGUUGAAAUGAAUGCAUAAGGAUUAGUUCAUCUAUUUUAAUCAAUGUUUAAUCUUGGACUUAGAAUGAAAGGAUGGGGAAUAGACUUCUUUUAAUUUAUGAAAAGAAUGUUCAAGAAAGUAUAUGAAAAGGUUGUAGAAUUUGUUCAGUAAAAAGGAAAAUUCCUGUUUAUGGGAAACUCAAACAAUAAUGUAAAAAUGAGAAUGAGAUUAGUAAGUACUGCCAUAAGAGUUGUUUUAGUUAUGUUCAUCGUUUCUAUGAUUCCUCUGCUUAAAAAUAUGCUUAAAUAAGAUUCAAAUGAAAUACUUUUUAACAACAUAAAAAACUAAAUGUGA